GACAGUUGUGGUCAAGCAGCCAGUGAAACAUCUCAGCUGAAGAGACCCUGAACCGAGGAAGGGAGGGGAAAGCCUCUUUUUUGUCUCCAGAACCGUAACGGCCGCGGAGAAACGGACAGCCGUUACCUCCUCAGAUACCCGGCCACGUCUUCCCGCCUUCCACGCAAUGAGUAUCAGCGCUCCGAGAGGCCUGGCCAGCUCGGGGCAAAAGCCCAUCACGGAGAUUCUCCACCCGCUGUCCGCCGCCGAGGAGCCGCUCUCCCCCGGGCCAGAUGUCACCGUCAGCGGUGGAAGGGAUAAGGAAGUGGGGCUGACCAACGGCACGCCGGCCGAGACGCCGAGUCCGGCUUCUGCGUCCGUGCUGUUCAACAGGCUGCAGCUGGACGAUGACUUGGACCCAGAUGCCCGGGACCCCUACGCCGACACAGAAACCCACGACCUUUUCGUCACUGUCGACGACCCAAAGAAACACGUCUCCACCAUGGAGACCUACAUCACUUACAGAGUCUCCACCAAGACAACACGGAUAGAGUUUGACCUGCCAGAGUACUCUGUUCGGCGGCGCUAUCAGGACUUUGACUGGCUGAGGACCAAGCUGGAGGACAGCCAGCCGACCCACCUCAUCCCACCGUUGCCAGAGAAGUUUGUGAUGAAGGGCGUGGUCGAUCGUUUUUCCGAGGAGUUUGUGGAGACGAGGAUGAAGGCCCUGGACAAGUUCCUGAAACGAGUUGCAGACCACCCCGUCCUCUCCUUCAACCCUCAUCUAAAUGCUUUCCUGUCUGCCAAGGACCUCAACAAACGUCAGGGUCUGGCCCUGCUGACCAAAGUGGGUGAGUCUGUGAAGAACGUGGCUGGAGGCUACAAGCUGCGAGUGCGACCUCCUGAGUUCUGCGCCAUGGGAGAAUACCUAGACACCUUUAACCAGAAACUGGGAACCAUCGACCGGAUCGCUCAGAGGAUCCUCAAAGAGCAAUCAGAGUAUCUAACUGAGCUACGUGAGUAUGGUACAGUCUAUGCCAGUUGGGCGGGGUCAGAGGAGGAGCUGCAGCGCCCUCUGGAGGGCGUGGCUGGCUGUGUGACGACGUGCUGCGGAGCGCUGGAGGACAUGAGCGAGAACAUGGGCCAGGACUUUCUACCCGUGCUCAGAGAAUACAUUCUCUACAUCGAAUCAAUGAAGAAUGUUUUAAGGAAGCGAGACCAGAGCCAAGCGGAGUACGAAGGCCGUCUAGAAGCAGCCGUAUUGCGCAAACAAGAGGACAGAACGCCCAUACCAGCGGAGGUAGAGAAAUGCCAGGACAAAAUGGAGUGUUUCAACGCUGACCUGAAGGCAGACUGGGAGCGCUGGCAGAGCAACAAGAGACAAGACUUCAAGCAGCUUCUCACCGGCAUGGCCGACAAAAACGUCACCUAUUAUGAAAAGUGCCAGGCAGCGUGGGAGUCGCUCAUAACUCUCCUCCAGGACAAACAGACUGAAGACAAAACGAGUGAGACGAACUGAAACAUCUCUCUAUCUCUCUCUCUCUCCGUCUCUCCACACACACUCUCUCGUUCAUGCCACGGAAAAAGACCAACAGGGCAGCAGGUUUACCUGCUGGACUCGGGGCCCCUGUUCUCCUGUGAGAUGAUUGUAUGAGGGGAGUCGACUCCCUCUAAGUUUUUGGUCCGCUAAGGAGGAAACAUACGGUGCAUUCGAGGACAGCUAGGAAAAGAGGAGAAACCUACUAUGUAUAGUUUUUGUUUUUGUUUCUUUUUUUGACUUUUUCUACUUCAUAUUUCGAGUUAACAGUCGGUUGCCAAUGCUGCUUUGUAUUUAUUUAACCGCAGUCUCUUACUCAACGCUCUCCCAUUUUCAUACUGAGAAAACUGUUCAUGAAGGUGUUGCUGCUGUGUGGGUCUAUGAAGUAUCUUAGGUUUGUUUCAGAUGUGUUCAAAACAUCCUCAAGAUGUUUUUUUUUUUCUUUUUUUUUGUCCUGCCAGAUUGUAAAAGCCUCUGGGAAAUACAACAGUGAAUGAACAUGAAUUUACUCUCUUGUACUCAAAGCACCACACCUGUUUUUUUUUUGUUUGUUUGUUUUUUUUACUCUAUACUUUUACCAAAGGUCACAAACUUCACCCCUGUCGUUCCUGCACCUGUUAUUAAAAAUAACCCACAAAAAUCAGGUGAUAUGUGAUAAAUGUUCAAGUGGGACCUCUGCGUGUUUUCCCAAAGGGACACUUUAGUAUGUCUUGGUUUUUGUUUUGUUUUUUUGCUACAAACCCUCACAGAUAAAUGGAGAUAAACCGUGUUCAGCGAUGACGAUGAAGGUGCCUACAGAAGAAAACAAGUUCUUGCCAUCUAUAAAUCAACAUUUUGGGCUAUAAUCUCUGGUCUCACUAACUCAAACUUACGAGAAAAUAACUUGAAAUUUUGAGAUUAUAACUCAGAUUUUUAAGUUACAGGUAGCAAAAAGUUUUUCGUUUGUUUGUUUGUUUGUUUUAAGUGAUGGCAACAAGCUUCUAUGGGUGUCUGAGCUGAAUGCUGAGGUUUGUCUGAGAGGUCACUUUGUGGAAGGUGGAGUUUUUAAGAGAACAGCGGCUCCACCUUGUGGCCAAGCUGUUAAUAGUUUUCUCCCACGCUUUUGAAAUGAGGGGGAAGUGAAGAAGUGAGCUACCUCUUUUGGGUUCUCUUGAUAUCGUCUUUCUCUCACCAUUCCCAUUUAUACCCUUCCUCUUCUUCUUUAAGCAAAGACUUACCUCAGUUGGUGAUGUUAACGGUGCAUUUGAUUCAUAAUAAUAAGGUGAAGACUCCAGUGGUGCUCUGUAACUUGUUAAAGACGUAAAUGUUUUACCAUUGGAUUUUUUUUUUUUAAAUUAACUUAUUAUUUCCUUGCCUAAGUGAUAAAACCCUGCAUUGAAGCAUGCAUAACCAUCCCUUAUGGAAAAUAAGAAAGCCAUGAAUCCUGAAUAUAAGGUGUCAGUGUGGUCAUGCUGCUGGCUUACAGAGGAACUAAAACCUCUGGAGCUAGUGGAAAAAUCCCUGCUGUGUCAUGUUAAGAGUGAGACAUUGCAAAAAAAAAAAAAACUAACAAAAAACGACACCCUGAGUGACGCAACACAUUACUUUAAAUUCUUAAAUUGCCUGUUUUAACCAAACGGGCUGAGACUGAGGUACUGAACAGCUGCGGUGCAGCUCUGUUAGCAGUCUGAGGAUGUGACCUCAUCUGCCUCAUCAUCCCCUCACUGCAAUCAUAUUAUUUAAAACUUUCUUAUUUACUGCCAACCCAGAAAAAAAGGUUUUGAAGCACAGACAGUAGAUGCAGCUUGCUUAUUCUGCUUUCCUUUUGCUCUGAAAGUAGCUAAAACCUGACCAAUGACGCCCAGGCAGACUCAGUCAUGUGACAUUUCCACAGUCACCACGUUUUGGCCUCCUGUUGGUUAGGAGUUUCUCCUUCACUGACAAGAUUUCCAGACUAGAGCUGCUUUCAGAUUUUGUUACAAUCAAGUAAAGUAGCUGUCACAUUACUGAGCCUGCGCCUCCAUGCAACCAAAUCCAAGCGCUGCAGCAUCCUGACGAGGCGUCUGCAGCUGCCAGUGAACUGGGUUUAUUUUGUUCUCUCUCUUUUUUUAUUGUCCUUAUCUACUUUUGCCUUUCACAUUUUACCCUUAAGCUUUAAAAGAGUGAAGCAGCUACUCUGUAACUAGUAGAAGUCAACAAUGUGAAGAAAAAUUAUCUUUAUGGAUGGAGGCAGCUGCAGUGGAGCGGCCUAUGGAUGCACCAGGGCUAAAAGGGAAAAUCCAAAGAUUUACUACGAUCAUUUUUGCUAAUACUGUUGUCCUAUAAUAACCCCAUUGCAUUUGAAUAGCUCAAACCUUAGAGUUUGACUGUUAGGUUCUAGUAGUAGUCCACUAGUAGUGCUAUUGAGCAGUAUUUGUAGCUGCUCCCACAUUGAUUGUACUCAUACAAACACAUCAGGUGCCAGCUUUUAUCAAUUAAAGGGAUCAUACAUCUGUUUAUACUAAAGAAAACCCCAGAUCGGUUUAAAAACAUUAAAUGAGACGACUUACGUGUUUCUUCUUGAUGUUUGCUUGUAGCUAAAACUCUCUGAACCCUGAGUGCAGUUUGAGAAGUAACUGGAUGAAAUGUAGCAUAAAUAUUACAAAAAAACUAAAACAAAUAAAUAUAAUAAAGCUUACAAAACACAAUUUCCUGUUCUGUUUAAGGUAUAACAUUGGUAUCUGCUCAGGAUUGUGAGUUGUUGUUGUUACUUGAUUUCUUAUCAUUAGGCACUGGUGCAUCUGUAGAGCAUUGCUUUGGUGUAAAUGAAGUAAUUGACAUGUGAGACACACAUUUAUGAAACUGGAGGGCAUCUUUGGGAUUUAUGAGUGCAUAAAGAUUUAAAAGGGAUUAGAGAUAUGCACGAACAUUGUAAACCUGCCACAACCAAAACAGAUUUACUUUUGAUGCACAUUAAACCUCCAACAAUAGCUCUGUUUAGUGUGAUCAAUGUUCUCUAUUAGCCAGUGCCCUAUUAUUAUUAUUAUUAUUAUUAUUAUUAUUAUAAUACAUGUGCCUGCUGAAUUGUUUUGCACUAAAUAUGUAGCUCAAGGCCCUGGCAGAAACAUCUGCUGGGAAAAAAAUAGUAUUUCUUUCUAAUUUAAUUUGCCGAAAAAUUGAAAACAAACUGGUCUAAAGUCAGUUGAGACACAUUCAAAAAAUGCUGUAUAUGAAGCUGGUUCAGGUUAAAUCCCUCAAACAGGGACGUCUGUUAUGAGCCUGUUGGAGGGGAGAGUUUUCAUUCAAAUAUUUCCAGGCCAAACAUCCUCCGCCCCCAAUGCCUCUCUCUUCCUCUCAUCGUCCCGGCAGCGUGGAUUCGCACAUGAAGAGAAGAUCUGAUUUUCAGCACAUAAUGAAUAAAAGUGACCAAGUCAGUCUAAAACUCAGAUGACUUUUUUGUCUGUUAUGGUUUUGGUUUUUUAAAACCUCUGUUCCUCCUCAUUGUGUGCUGUUUACGUUCAGAGCCCUUAUUGUACAUUUGGAUGUUAAUAACAAUUUUGUUGUAAUUAUAAAUAAGCUUGUACAUUGAUGUUGUUUUUGAUGCAAUUUAUCUUUAACACAAAUUGGGGUUUUUCUGAUAUAUUGGACCAAUAAUAAA